AUGGAGGUCAACCAGAUCAUUAACCAUGCGUUGAAUAAAGUGCUCAGCAGACUUGGUGAGCAGCGUAAAGCGUGCGAGGACAAACAUGCUGAGGAGCUUAAGACGGCUGAGGCCAAAUACAUUAAGCGACUCAAGGCAGCCGAGAAGAAAAUCGUUGAACUGCUUGAACAAAAGGCCAAGCUGGGCGAAGAGCUGAAACAGCACCAGGAUACCUUGAUCAAAGCCAUCAAAAUUAAAGAGAAGUACAAGGAGGCUUCUUUGCUUAAUUUCAAGGAAGCUUCUAAGCUUCAAGAUGAUUUAGUCAUCAACAGAAAGGAGACUGAGGGGUUGGAGGAAUGCAUCAAAGAGCUCGAGGAGACAAAUGCCAGUAACCUAGAAAGAUACAAGGGAGCCACUUUUAAAUGCUUCUAUUCGUUCUAG